AUGCCCUCUCCCGUCCGCUCGCGAGAUGAAGCAACGGCCUACUCGCCUCUGCGCAACGCCUUUGCUUCAUCGUCCACCCCCAAACCUUUGCACAGUCCUUUCCUUCCUCGCAAUCGCCUCCGUCCGAACGAGUCGUACACCCGUCUCACGCCACAGCCGGAUGCCAUCUCAACGUCGAGCAGCACGCUUGUCAAUGCCGAGUCCACAGACGGCUAUCAACCGUGGGAGGUGAGGUCCGAGUCGAGCGCCAGUUCGUUGGAUUCGCUCGGCAGCGGGGCCACACCGACCCUGCAGACGCUCGACGAUAUCGGCACGCUGCCGUCGAUUCAUAUCACUCCGCUUUCAGAACCCCGCUCGCAAGGGCGGGACUUCGAAAAGGACCCUGUCCUCGUCCCUCGCUCCGCACGAUCCAGGAGCAGCAUAGGUCGCUCCCCGACCUCGCCUUACCAGCGCUCGUAUGACCAGCUCCAGCGCGGCCUCGACACGCUCGAACUCGACGAAUCCGAUGCCGAGAGCGAUGCUGAGCAAGCGCUCGCCGCGCAACGUCGUGCAGAGUCGAUGGCGCGGUGGACAGCCCGUCGCUCCACUCUGCUCCAGUCCAAGUCACCAGCUAGCAAACUCGAUACAUCUCUAGACCCCGCUUCGUCGAAACCCUCUCCAAUGCGCUCGACACCGCGAUCGCUGACAUCCGACGCCUCGCCCAAGCCAUCAGACGCAUCCGCCACGCCGCUCAAAGCCACCCCAGGCCGAAGAAGCAUAGCAGCGGUGUUCGAGUCGAUGCAGAAGGAGCGUGAGGCGCGCGCCGCGGAGGAGCAGAAGCAGUGGGCGGACAAGCAGGCCAAGAGGGAGCGCGAGAGGGCGGCGAGAGCAUUCGGUGUGCUUGGGAGGAGGAGGUUGUCGGUGGACAGCUCGCAGAUGGACAGUCCGAAGUCGAUAGGAAGCUCAGCGUUCGCAACACCGGCGAGUGUGGGGGGCACGACGGUGUUUCAGUCCAUGAGGGAGACUCCUUCGCGGUCGACGGGCGGGAGUGCUUUCAGCGGUUCACCGAUGCUAUCGAGUUUGGGGUCGGCUAAGGUGGACGAGGAAGGGGACGCGCGGUCUCUACAGCUCAAUGAAGAGCAUGCGCAGCCUCAACAGCUCAGCAAAGAGGCUGCGGAGGCAUCCGAAACGGUAGAGCCGGACGAGGUCAGCGCAGACGACGUCGACCCAAUACCUGCCGCAACCACAAGUCCACCUAUCGAAGACCCACAAUCACAACCGCCCGCACAGCACGCCCCAGGCUUCACCUAUUCGCCGCAACCCAUGGCGCUCUCUCCCAACCGCAGCGAUCCCUCCUCUGCUGCCUCCACCCCUGCCUCCUCCCCGCGCAAGAACGCGCAUCGGCGCCAAGUAAGCACGCUCAGCGUCGUCUCUCGCACGCCUGCUCGUCAGCUCGAUCACUUGAUCGCGCAAGACUCGCCACACACGCCGAGCGGCAUCCUAUCCUCCGCGAAAAAGGGGUCCGCUCGCCGCGGGCACAGUGUUCGGUUCAGCCCCAGGCCCGAUUAUCGCUCGGAUUCCGGGUCGUGGGAUGAGAGCGCGGUGCUUGGCGAAGGUGAGGGAGGCGGACUGUUGCCGGCCAAGGAGAUCGUCCUGCCAGCGAUCCUGGCGGAGGCUUCGACACCAGCUUUGACAGCGGCGGAGCAGGAAGACGAGGAGGCGAGUCGGGAAGGUUCACCGAUACCUCAGACGCCUUCGCCGCAGAGCGUUGGUGAACAGCAUACACCCUCACCCCCACCCCCACUCCCGAUUGUGGAGGCCACCACCUCCUUCUCUCACACGCUCCACCCACCCGGUGCCUACGCUUCACCUCUCAAGCCGUCACGCCACAUCAUCCGCCCGAGUCCCAAGAUCACCCGCGUCCUCCCUGCUUCGCUCACCACCGCUGGUGCACCGCUGCGUGGUCUGUUCGCCGACUCGCAUUCCGCGCUGCCGCGCUCGUCCACGCCUCCACCCCAGCUCAAGCGCUCGACGACGCCGCCGAUGCUGCCACCCGCGCCGGCUCUGCGCUCGCCCCGGUCGCCGCGACCUGUCGAUCUGGGACUGGAAGGUUUUGCACCCUUUUCCCCUGGCUCUUCCGAUGAUUCGGCGGGUUCCGUGCGUGGCACCUUGUCCGAGAUGCUGACGACGCUUCAAGCGGGUGACAGGGGGCGGCGGGAGUUUGGAGCGCGGCUCGGGGAGGCGGCUCGCCAGCUGGAGCGCGUUCGUUCCAGCCCACCCGUGGUGCGGUCUGGCGAGACGCAGCCGUGGGAGCGCUUCGAAGACGCGGAUGAGCGGGAUAGAGUGGCACAGUUGAGGGAGGAAGUCAUGGCGGCGCUUUCCGUCCUCGCUGAGCGCCUUUCGCACCCGCCUCCCACCACCGUCCAGAAACGCCUGGGGCGAGGGCAGAAGCUCCUCCUGGUGCUACUGCAGUGUGCGCUCAUCGCAUAUCUGCUCAGUCUAGCAGAGCGCAAGGCGGCGCACUUGCGAAUGUUCCACCCCCCGACAAGCCUCCACUAUCAGGGGGAAAUCGAUUGGUCCACAAUGCCAACAACGACCCUCCAACCGGUGCUGCGUCUGCCUCUGCUCGACCAGCUGUGGCGCCUAAAUCCGCCCCUACCCGCCCGAGUCGCCGAGUGGAAGACGUAUUCCGCCGUGAACGGCGUCCCUCAGCUACUCGCCCAGGUCGCCAUCUACGGCGUGUCCCAAGCGACAGCAUGCAUCGUGCUGCUAGCUCUGGCCCCACUCCAGGUCCUCUGGCUCGUCAUUCACAGCCCAACCGCCAUGUAA